AUGAGAGUCUCAUCACUAACAUCUUCUGUGGCAGACUCAAGAAUCAUAUGUUGUGAAUGUGGACAUAAGUCGGAGACAUUCGAGCCAGUGUUGAACCUAAGUCUAGAGAUCGACGGGCAUGAUAAUCUCAUUGCUGCAUUACAGUCAUUUACAAGAGUCGAGAAGAUCGAUGAUCAGGAGAACUUAAUUAGUUGUGAUGGUUGCAAGACUAAAGUUGUCGUCGAAAAACAACUUACAAUUGACAAAGCUCCGGAAGUUCUUGUAAUUCAGCUGAAAAGAUUCACUUGCAACGGAUUGGAAAUAGUGAAAAAAGGACAAUAUGUUCAAUAUCCAGAAACACUGAACUUAGCUCCAUUUAUCGACGAAUUCAGACAACAAGAUCAGGAGCUGAAUUAUAGGUUGUAUGCAGUGGUAAAUCAUCAAGGUCGUCCUGGAAAUGGACAUUAUAUGUGCUUUAUCCACUCUCAUGGUCAGCGCUGGUUCCUGAAGAAUGACCACAAGGAGCAUAGAUUUAACACCGAUUUCGUGAUGGAUCAGACAGCUUACCUGUUGUUUUAUGUGAAGACGACAUCUUCGAUGUCGAUGUCUUUCCACAGCUUUAUUACGAUGUUCAUCGAGAGAAAUCGGCAAACCAAUAACAGUGAAGAGAUGUCGGUGCCCGAACAACAGCAAUCUAAUAACAAUGAAGGGAGUAGCUGCAGCACUAUGCAGGAUCAGUAG